CAUCUUUACUUUAAACUUAUGUAACUUUUUAGUACUGUGUAAUGAGACUAUUUCUUAAUAUAUCAACACACACACAUGCUUGUGAUUAGAUUUGAAGAUACUUGUUUGGUACUCAGAAUAGCACUUUGAUUAAGGCAUGCAUUGCCCUCCACAAUCUACAGUAUUUUUUUUUUUUUUCAAUGCCUAAUAGCUUGGUUCACCUGCAUGAGUAGACGACGCUUUUAGAUUUGUGAAAUAUGGCUAAGAGACCUGUGAAAUUGUAAGCAAUGUUAGCCUUCCAUUGUUUUUAUCUUUACUGUGAAGCCCUUAGGGGUUGACACCUGUUUUUCCUAGUUACGUAAGAUUAGGUCAGCUUCACCGAUCCUUGGGAGAGUUUUGUUAUCCAUCUGUGUUGUGGUAAAAACUGGGGAGGUAGUUUAGGCCUACUGCUCCUUCAGGUGAAAUCAGGCAGACGGGGACCCCAAGUAUUAAAAACCAUUAAAUAAAUACAUGUACGUAUUUCCCAAGACCUCGAAACUAAUUAUUCUUAUGACUCAUGUUUCCACCACUGUUUGUUUUGCUUCUCUGAACUUGUUGGUGUUGUAGAGUACUUCAACCAACAUCAUUUAUGUUGUAUUACAUAACACGAUGAAGUUAAUGGUAGAUUGGGACCAACGAGUGACUUAAAAUAGGACAUUAGUCAGGGCACCGGUGAGUCGGCAGUACCUUAUCACUAUUCCCCGAUAUGUUUAGUGAAUUCAGAAAAAAACUUCAUGUCAUGGUGUCAAUAUUGGCUUCAUAAGUUAAUGAGAGAGAAAGAGUGAGUUUGUGGUUUAUUGAUGAGUGAUGAAGUAGCUAUGGAAUUAAGUGAAUUAAAUAGCACAGUAAUGGUGGUCUGUCCCAGAAUAUUAGUUGCUUAGAGAGUAAAAGGUGGGACAUCAUUUGUGUACUGUAUCAGGAAUUAAUUAUGAAGAGAUACAAAGAAAGGGGUUUUAGGGAGACAUGAAUAACUGCAGUCAAAGCUUAAAUGUGAGAGACAGUCAUAGUGAAGGGGCAUUUAAGUGCCUCUAAGAGCUGGUUUGGGAGAAGUAGUGGUCACUAUGGGAUAAUAUAAGAGUGCCAGGAGUUACUAGAAUCUGACAUUACUACAGGCUAAUAGAAAUGUCUGUUGACAGUCUAGAGAGCAACGGUGAGCAAUCUGCGGCCCAUCAGGUUUCUAAGUAGGACCCACGAGACAUUUGUUUGACUGUUGCCCACACACACACACCUGAAAGAAUCAUACAAGAAGCGUGCUGAUGGUUUGGUCAUGAUUGGAGAGACAAUUCACUCUGGUCCAACCCACGUGGCCCAGAAAGAUCUCAAGGAUGAGGACGUAGCAACCAAACCCAACUGUGUCUUCCCAGGUGACACACAGGAGACCCCAUGUGUCCUCCAUGAAAGUUGUCAUCCAGUUGAAAUUCCCUCCACCAGGCACUACUCUCUCCGGUUACCAGCGCCACUGUGUCCCACUGCUCAGCCUCAACCAGAGCCCCACACGCCACAGACUCAAUGUGACGUGGGAGCUACAGUCCAUCUCAAAGCUUCUCUGCCUGCAGCUCUUGUACCUGAAGCUAUAGUGCCCAAGGCUUCGGAUCUUCAAGCUACUGUUCCUCUGGAGACAGUGACAACUGUUGUCACUGAAGCUACUGUUCCUGAAGUAUUGGCAAAUGAAGCCACUGUUCCUGAAGUACUGCUGAAUGAAGCUACAAUUCCUGAAGUUACAGUGAAUGAAGCUGCUGUUCCUCAGGAUAAGGUAACUGAAACAGCAGUUGAUGAAGUUGCUGAUUCUCAGGAUAAAGUAAAGGAAGCUUCUGUUCUUGAAACAACUUCUCUUGAGGGUAAGGCAACAAACACAGCUAUUCAUCAAAUAACAGAGGAGCUUCUUGUUCCACAAAAUAAAGUAAAUGAAGGUGACAUUCCUCAGGACAAACUGAAUGAAACUCUUUUUCCUCAGAAUAAGGUGAAUGAAACUUCCAUUCCCCAGGAUAAAGUGACAGAAGCUUUUGUUCCUCAGAUUAAAGUUGAACCUAUAGAUUUUGAUGCUGAUGUGAAUGAAGGCACACUGCCUGAGCUUAUCAAGACUGAAGCUGCUUUGCCAGACUUUACUAAAAGUAACCUUGUAAUCAAACAGGAAGCUGUAAUUUCAGAACCCCAAACUGCCACACCCAGAGAAUCAGAAUCCAUUGCAGCUAAAGCUGGAGAUCUUGCAUCAGGUUCAACCCCUGCUCACCCUCAAGCUAGUCUACCUGUGGCCACAAAAGUAAACAGAGAAAUGGUAAGGUUGAUUCAAGAAGCAGAUGCUAAACUUGACUCCUUUUGCCAAAAGAGGAGCAGUCGGGCAUCGAAAAGGCUUAACAGUGGGGACUUCGAAGCAGUUGUAAUCAAAUCGGAACCGUUGUCUAGAGCAAAAAGGUGUAUCAGAACUCGUAAGAGUAGUUGUCGCUCGGACAAGUCGGAGUCUGAAACGUCAGACUCUCGUAGUGUAGCAGAUGAAUCUUUAUAUUUCGAUAUGGUGGAUAAAACUGCAAAACGAGGAAAGCCAAAGAAUGGUGAGCCUCUGCUUGAUGAGGCUACCACCCAUAUAAGUGCCAAGUACAAUGGUGAUGUGAGUUCUGAACUAGUUAAUGGAGCUCAUAAAGUAAAGGGACGUAGAAUCAGUCGUGCUAAUAGUGACGAGUCUGAUAGUAGCUCGGUGUCUAGAAGUAACGGUAAUAUUGAACAUAAUGGUGAAAAGGUAGAUUUUAGUCUUUUACUGGAGAUCUCUCCUGCUGAUAGAAAGAAAUUUGAAAGUAAAAAGGCAAAAAUAAGGCGAAAAACUGCAGACUGGUUACUUAUUUCUGAAACUGAACAGUAUUAUAAUGAAAAGGAGGAAAUAAUGAGAAAUAAAAAUAAACUGGACUCAGACAGUGAGAGUGAUGAAAGUGAUGAUGGCACAGAAAACCAAGACUCAAAAAGUGACUGUUCUGAUGAGUCAGAAAGUACGGCGAAUCCGCCCAGUGGGAGGGGUAAGGGGAAAGGGAAGCAUUCAAGAACUACUGAUGAUGAUGAUUGCAAACCCAGUGCGAAGAGAAUUAAGGAGGAGUCGUGCCUGAGUAAAAGGAGAGGGCGACCCGUUGGAAGUAGAAAUAGAAAAACCCGAUAUGACUUGACGAUGUUAAAUGACGACGAAGACGACGAUGACGAUGAGAACUUCUUCGGCUUCCCGGUGAGCACCAACAUACCUCAGUCUACGCAACCUAAUUCAUCUGUGAGUUGUUCUAUUCCACAGACUCGUGGCAAGGGUAAGGGGGGAAGUAAACGCUUGGCCGAAGCAUCGUCCAGUAGCGGAAAAGCGGGGCGGAAACGACUGUCGGAUGCGGAGAGAUUUCUAAGAGACAAUCGAGAAUAUUACCACUUUCAGGAAACUCCAGAGAGGCUCCGACGGUCCACCUCGUCAACGGGAGAUAAGGAAAGGGUUAUAAAAGUGGAGGAACCCGAAGUAAAGGAAGUGGAUAAGAAAGAAGAGUCAAAAGUUAAGGAUACAACAGUCACCAAGAAGCGUUGCGUAGUUGAAGGCUGUAGAAGAGUGACGCGUAGUAAGGGAGGCAUACUGGAAGACCCAGACGCAGAAGAGAAGGACGACGCAAAGUGUUCGGGAAAGGUGGAGAUGAAGGAUGUAAAAAAUAAUUCAAAGACGACGGAAAGAAUGGAAGCCAAAGACAGGGAGAGAGACAAGAGAAAGAUUUCUGAGGAACACAAGAAGAAAGUUGCAGAAGAAGAAAGGAGAAAAACAUCGGAAGAGGAGAAGCGAAAGGUCUCUGAGGAACACAAGAGAAAAGACAGUCGUGAAGUGAAGAAAAACUCUGAAGAGAACAAGAGAAAAGACUCGGAGGAGAACAAGAGAAAAAUCUCAGAGGAGAACAAGAGAAAAGACUCGGAGGAGAACAAGAGAAAAGACUCGGAGGAGAACAAGAGAAAAGACUCGGAGGAGAACAAGAGAAAAGACUCGGAGGAGAACAAGAGAAAAGACUCGGAGGAGAACAAGAGAAAAGACUCGGAGGAGAACAAGAGAAAAGACUCGGAGGAGAACAAGAGAAAAGACUCGGAGGAGAACAAGAGAAAAGACUCGGAGAGAACAAGAGAAAAGACGGAAGAGAACAAGAGAAAAGACUCGGAGGAGAACAAGAGAAAAGACUCGGAGGAGAACAAGAGAAAAGACUCGGAUGAGAACAAGAGAAAAGACUCGGAGGAGAACAAGAGAAAAGACUCGGAGGAGAACAAGAGAAAAGACUCGGAGGAGAACAAGAGAAAAGACUCGGAAGAGAACAAGAGAAAAGACUCGGAGGAGAACAAGAGAAAAGACUCGGAGGAGAACAAGAGAAAAGACUCAGAGGAGAACACGAGAAAAGACUCGGAAGAGGUCAAGAAAAUAUCCUCUGAGAAUGAAAAGGGAAAGACUGAUGAAGUAGAGAAGAAAAAGGCAAGUGAAGGUGAUAAAAAGAGCGACGAAGAGAGCAGAACGGAGGAACCAGAAGUAGAUAAUAAAAAAACUACUGAAGGAGAUGUUAAGGACAUGUGUGAAGCAUUAGUGCGAGUGAAGAAGGAGCUACAAACUUCCUCUAAGACCAGUGACAGCGACUCUACAGACACCAUAGUCAAGAGAGGGGAAACAAAAGAGGGAUCUUGGAGUGAGUUACACGAUCUGUAUUUUUCUUUUGAGGGCGUCCCUGAGCAGGAGUGUUGGUACCAGACUUACCAGAGAUUAAUAGAUGGUAAUGAUGUCAAUGAAUAUGUUUAUGAAGAAGAACCUCUGAAAUUCAUAUUGCCGUACGAGAUGCCAAAAGAAUACGUCAGGGAUUUCCUCUGUUACAAAAAAGGUUUGUUAUCGAAGAAGAAAAAUGACCUAGCAGACUUGGUAAGAAAAUCUCCCAGAUGUCAUGCCUCUACGCUUGCUCUCUUCUCCGACUUCAUUCCCACAAGAAAAACAAAAGGUGCAAAAGUGACAAAGUCCACUCCGGUCAAAGUCGAUGAGGCGUCGUCGGAUGGUACGAGCACACCGGGAGCCGAGUCUAUGAGAAUGCAGCCUCCGGAAUCUUUCGAGACUACGGAAGACUUAGCGAUUCUUGCGUUACACAUUGAUCAUGUAAUGAAGUCAGAAGCAGGUAGUGAAGAGUCCUUAAAGUGUAGUUCGCGUCUUCAAGCCGAAGAAUCGGGUGUGAGAAAGACCACAAAAAAACGUGGUAAGAAAAAGAGAUUAUUUACUGGAUCAAAAUCUGAUAAAGGUUCAACAAGUAUUGCUAAAGAAUCAAAGUUGUUUGAGAGCCCUCUUGCUCACGAGGUAGAUCCAGUGUUUAUUGCCGGUCUUCUUGACGAGGCCAAAGACUAUUUAGCCCCAGAAAACAUACUGGCCCGGGAAGCUUCUGAAGUUAUCGAGGACGCGUGUUUCUGUGUGUGUACCGACCGAGCUUCUUGUGACGAUUUUUCUAGUGCCGAUGAUAAUACAGAAGCGAGUUCGGAGUGCGUCUCCUUGUGCGACUCAGAAACUAUUGACGGCUCUAUUGUCAGUGAACCCAAACGUUGCCGUAGUGGUAAAAAACGGCGAAAGAACUUGACUGGCUGGCCCAAAACUCAAAAGAAAAAAAGACCCGUACCCUCUCACACGUCAGACGAUAAUGAUAGUGCUAUUGGGUGUGAGGAUCUUGAACCAAAGAGACAGAGGCACUGGAAGAAACACGAUGACUUCGGCCUUCUCGAACAAACCACGACUCAGAAACUCGCCGCCCUGGCCGAGUGUGAUCGUAGAGCCUCCCCUCGCAAGAAGGCUUCCGUCUUGUACAUGGACACGUGGCCAGUUAGAUUUCGAACACAAAAAUAGAAUUUAUUAAAGUAUACUGGUGGUACAGUGAGUCAAAUAGGUCUGAGUGUUGUAUGAAAAGUGUUUAUACAUAUUUAUUAUAAAAUUGUAUGGUAUGCUUGAUGAUUAGUUCUUUUUUAUUCAAAGAUGGAACCAAGGAGUCUCAGGAUAGCUCUAUAAGAGAUUGUGUCAGAAAUCUUUGUACAGUUCUGUGUGAGCAGAUUUUCAGAGGAGUGACUGUUAUAGAAUGUUUGGUUCAAAUGUAAAUUUUAAGAUGAGCAUUUUCUAUGAUUUUCAGCUAUAUGGAAUAAUCUGUCUAGUUACACACACAAAUAGGUUUUAUUAUUCUAUUUAUUUUGUAGAACAUUAAACAAUGAGCUGAAUGUUUCAUUGUGUUUAUUUAGUAGAUAACUUGCCACUUAUAAAGUCAAAUUUCUGGAAGAUAGAUCAAAUUUAUUUAGAAUUUAUUUUUGUGAAAAAUUGUCAUUGAAUUGUGGGGUGCCUAUAUCUGUGCAGUUUGAUUUAAUUGAAUUUUCCAAUUAUUUUUUUAUGUGGGUUCAAAUUUUUUACUAUAAUUGGGAGUGGCUUUAUAUCAGCAUAUGCAUUACAGUGCAAGAAAAUGAUCACAGGGGUAUACAGUAUAAAUUUAUGAGAAAUUUUAUUUAUUUUACUUUAUUUUUUAUUUUUUUGAUAAGUCUGGGCAGCAGCUUUUUUCUAAUGUAUGUUUUGUAGAGUGAUCCUGUAAUGUAUAAUAAAAAAAGGUAUACAUUUUGUAAAUAAAAUUCUUCUACUCAGAAUACUGGCCAAUGAUUCAUAAAUGUGAAAUAAAGAGAUGUUUGUA